UGUAUUGAAGUUGCUAUAGUAACAUAGACGCUCAAAUACCAGGGAAACCAACAACCAACACUCAUUCAUUUCACAAGCCUCGAAGUCCAAAGGCUUCGCGCUUUCUACCACCAAAAAAUAUCCGAAAAAAAAAAUGGCUCUUACGAAUCCGAACAUUCCUCCUCGAUUUGCUGUCUCCGACUGGCACACAUCAAACCAGAUAAUCAGAACGAACGCGGAGCGGCAGAGGGAAGCUUCACACAGAGUCCGACAAGAGAGCCGCUUUCUCCGCAACGAGACUGACAACCACACACGAUGGACCCAACACGACAGUAAUACUAAGCUAGAGAAGCGUAUCGAUGAUAUCAACGACUGGAAAAGGAGUCUUGAGCGAUGUCUCGCUGAGACGGAUAACGAAAUCGCGCUACUGACCCGUGAGAAAGAGAGAACCGAGCGAGCACUUGAGGCGAAGAAAGUACCGCUCGACAUUACCCUUGAGUGCUUGAUGCUCAGGGAGAACCGUCAGAGCAUCGACCUCGUCAGGGAUGAAGUAGAAGCCCAGCUUCACAAGGAAGUGGAAGUGAUCGAAGGAACCAAAGCCCUACUACAGCAGAAGGUUGAUGAAUCGUUCGAACAACUCUGCCUUCUACAAGAAGCUCGUCACCAACUCCACCUAGACAUUACUGACAAGUUCACCACCCUUCAGAUUGAUGGCGAUUGCUAUGCCAUGAACAACAUGUCCACCAACAUUGGGUACCAGGUCAACCCCACCCGCACCGUCAAGGGCAGCGUAACCCCUGAAACCUGGGAUUCCUUCUCAAACUACAACAAACUGCGUGCAGAGGCAGAGAUGAAGGCCUCAAAGCAUCUCAGGGAAGCUAUCUUUGCCACUUUGCAGCAGACUGCAAAUGACUUGGAGGCUCAACGGAAAGCGUCUGAGUAUUCAUUUAGAAAGAGGAUCCAUGAGACAGACCAGGCUAAGUCUGAGCUGGAGUGGCAGCAGAAAAAUACCAUGAAGGAAAUCGCUACUCUAGAAGAUGACAUCAAAGGACUAAAGGAGGCCAUUGAUGCAAAGAAUGCACCAAUGAUGGUGGCCCAAACACGUCUUGAGAAUCGUACUUACAGACCAAAUGUAGAACUGUGUCGUGACCAGCCACAGUACCAGCUUUGCCACGAGGUUGCUGAGAUUGCAGGAUCUAUGCGUGCCUUAACGGAGAAACUUAGGGAGGCCCAGAACUCCCUAGAAGCUCUUCGCAGCAACCUGAGCCGUAUUAACGAGGACCUUGCCUUCAAAAACAACUCUCUGGCCUUGGAUAAUCGUUGCAUGAGUGUUCGCGAAAAAAUGAGAGAGAUCCCCCAUAAGAUGAUGGAUAUGAACCCCAUAGAUCAACCAAUUGGAAACAAGAGCUACAACACAGUGAUCAACUCCUAUGGCCAGUAUAUAACCACAGCAAGAGAACAGACUCCCCCUGAGAUGGCAGCUUCUGGGAUGGCAUCUUCUGGGCAAUACACCUCUUCUGGAACAUAUGCCCCACUCACAAGCCAGACAAGUCCAUUGGCCACAGCUCGGAGUGCAGCCACGCCCUUGGUUGAUUGAGACUGGAUUGAUUUUUAGUCUAUCUUUAGUUGAAAAUGCUGAACUUAUCCAGUGAAGGACUUUAGGGGGCUAGGAAGUGCGAAUGACUUUUUUAAAAGAUGUAAAUAAUUAUUUUAUGGAAUGCAACAGGAGUAAUUUGUAUUGUGCAUGACAAACUUAGCACAGAAUAAACAUUUAUAAAAUUCA